GACAUCGUCGUUAGCAAAGGCAGUUAUUUCUUGGCUUCUGUGCUUAUGAAUCAGAUGACAGCUAUUUCUUUGACUUUGGCUUUGUGGUUUCUUGAACUAUUUCAGUGAUGUAAAAGAUGAGUCUUAAUAGGCGUUUCCCUUCUUUUAAAAGUGUAGUUCAUGUUUUGUUGUAAACAGGUUUUCUCCAAGGAAACUUUUCUCUGUAAUCUCACCUCAUCAUCUCCGUAUAAAAUAGAGAUAAUUAAUCCCUACAUUAUUUUAUUAUUAGGCUAUUUGUUAUACGUAUGUAUGUUGGUUUUUAUUUUACUCAUUUAUAUUUUGAAAGUAUUCCCAGAGAUUUUGAAGUAACUCCAUUCUGAUUGAGUCUUUCACUGUUUGCCAGAAAUUUUCCUUUAGGUCUGUCUCCACCCACUUUGGGAAUUGUGAAUGUUCACCAUUUUAUUGGUUCCCUCUGGCCACUGAGUACAUGAGUAAAUGUCAUGUGUUACUGCUUGUCAGAGAAUGGAAUUCUAAGACUUCCUCUUUACACAGAACAGUUUAACUUUUGUGCUUCUGGGAAGAGGUAUGGUCCUUGGGACAGUUCUCCUUCCACCUAAUAAUUAUGGCAGAGAACAGGACACUUCACUUUGCUGUCUGUGUACUGAGACCUCAGAAUCUGCUCUACCCAACUUGACAGAUCACUUUGCCAGCUGUGUGGAGGAUGGAUUUGAGGGAGACAAGACUGGAGGCAGUAGUCCAGAAGCUUUGCAUCGUCCCUACGGUUGUGAUCUUGAACCCCAGGCACUAAAUGAGGCUAUCAGGUGGAGCUCCAAGGAGAACUUGCUGGGAGCCACUGAGAGUGACCCCAAUCUUUUUGUUGCACUUUAUGAUUUUGUAGCAAGUGGUGAUAACACACUCAGCAUCACUAAAGGUGAAAAGCUACGAGUACUUGGUUACAACCAGAAUGGCGAGUGGAGUGAAGUUCGUUCUAAGAAUGGGCAGGGCUGGGUGCCAAGCAACUACAUCACCCCAGUGAACAGCCUGGAAAAACACUCCUGGUACCAUGGACCUGUGUCACGCAGUGCAGCUGAGUAUCUGCUCAGCAGUCUAAUCAAUGGCAGCUUCCUGGUGCGAGAAAGUGAGAGUAGCCCUGGGCAGCUGUCCAUCUCGCUCAGGUAUGAGGGGCGUGUGUAUCACUACAGGAUCAAUACCACUGCAGAUGGCAAGGUAUAUGUGACUGCUGAGAGCCGCUUCAGCACCUUGGCAGAGCUUGUACACCAUCACUCCACAGUGGCUGAUGGGCUGGUGACAACAUUACACUACCCAGCACCCAAGUGCAAUAAGCCUACAGUCUACGGUGUGUCCCCCAUCCAUGACAAAUGGGAAAUGGAACGAACAGAUAUUACCAUGAAGCACAAACUGGGGGGCGGUCAGUAUGGAGAGGUUUACGUUGGCGUCUGGAAGAAAUACAGCCUUACAGUUGCUGUGAAAACAUUGAAGGAAGAUACCAUGGAGGUAGAAGAGUUCCUAAAAGAAGCUGCAGUGAUGAAGGAAAUCAAGCAUCCUAAUCUGGUACAACUUUUAGGUGUGUGUACUUUGGAGCCACCGUUUUACAUUGUGACUGAAUACAUGCCAUAUGGGAAUUUGCUGGAUUAUCUCCGAGAGUGCAACCGAGAAGAGGUGACUGCAGUUGUGCUGCUCUACAUGGCCACUCAGAUUUCUUCUGCAAUGGAGUACUUAGAGAAGAAGAAUUUCAUCCAUAGAGAUCUUGCAGCUCGUAACUGCCUAGUGGGAGAAAACCAUGUGGUAAAAGUGGCUGACUUUGGUUUAAGUAGAUUGAUGACUGGAGACACUUACACUGCUCAUGCUGGAGCCAAAUUUCCUAUUAAGUGGACAGCACCAGAGAGUCUUGCCUACAAUACCUUCUCAAUUAAAUCUGAUGUCUGGGCUUUUGGGGUACUGUUGUGGGAAAUUGCUACCUAUGGAAUGUCACCAUAUCCAGGUAUUGACCUGUCUCAGGUCUAUGACCUACUAGAAAAAGGAUAUCGAAUGGAACAGCCUGAGGGAUGCCCCCCGAAAGUUUAUGAACUUAUGAGAGCAUGCUGGAAGUGGAGCCCUGCCGAUAGGCCCUCUUUUGCUGAAACACACCAAGCUUUUGAAACCAUGUUCCAUGACUCCAGCAUUUCUGAAGAAGUAGCUGAGGAGCUUGGGAGAGCUGCCUCCUCGUCAUCUGUUGUUCCAUACCUGCCCCGGCUACCUAUACUUCCUUCCAAGACUCGGACACUGAAGAAACAGGCAGAGAACAAGGAGAACAUUGAAGGGGCACAAGAUGAUGCCACAGAAAACUCUGCUUCCAGUUUAGCACCAGGGUUCCUCAGAGGUGCACAGGCCUCCAGUGGAUCCCCAGCACUGCCUCGAAAGCAAAGAGACAAGUCACCCAGUAGCCUCUUGGAAGAUGCCAAAGAGACAUGCUUCACCAGGGAUAGGAAAGGGGGCUUCUUCAGCUCCUUCAUGAAAAAGAGAAAUGCUCCCACACCCCCCAAACGCAGCAGCUCCUUCCGAGAAAUGGAGAAUCAGCCCCAUAAGAAAUACGAACUCACGGGUAACUUCUCAUCUGUUGCUUCUCUACAGCAUGCUGAUGGGUUCUCUUUCACUCCUGCCCAGCAAGAGGCGAAUCUGGUGCCACCCAAGUGCUAUGGGGGGAGCUUUGCACAGAGGAACCUGUGUAAUGACGACGGUGGUGGGGGUGGGGGCAGUGGCACUGCUGGGGGUGGGUGGUCUGGUAUCACAGGCUUCUUUACACCACGCUUAAUCAAAAAGACACUGGGCUUACGAGCAGGUAAACCCACAGCCAGUGAUGACACUUCCAAGCCUUUUCCAAGGUCAAACUCUACAUCUUCCAUGUCCUCAGGGCUUCCAGAGCAGGAUAGGAUGGCAAUGACCCUUCCCAGGAACUGCCAGAGGUCCAAACUCCAGCUGGAAAGGACAGUGUCCACCUCUUCUCAGCCAGAAGAGAAUGUGGACAGGGCCAAUGACAUGCUUCUAAAAAAAUCAGAGGAAGGUGCUGCUCCAACCAGGGAGAGACCAAAAGCCAAGUUACUGCCCAGAGGAGCCACAGCUCUUCCUCUUAGAACCCCCUCUGGGGAUCUAGCCAUUACAGAGAAGGACUCUCCAGGGAUGGGAGUGGCUGGAGUGACAGCUGCCCCCAAGGGCAAAGAGAAGAAUGGUGGGACACGACUUGGGAUGGUUGGAGUCCCAGAGGAUGGAGAGCAGCCCGGCUGGUCUUCUCCAGCCAAGGCUGCCCCUGUCCUCCCAACCACUCACAACCACAAAGUGCCAGUCCUUAUCUCACCCACUCUGAAACACACUCCAGCUGAUGUGCAGCUUAUUGGCACAGACUCUCAGGGGAAUAAAUUCAAGCUCUUAUCUGAGCAUCAGGUUACAUCCUCUGGAGACAAGGACCGACCCCGACGGGUAAAACCAAAGUGUGCCCCACCCCCACCACCAGUGAUGAGACUACUGCAGCAUUCAUCCUUAUGUUCAGACCCUACAGAAGAGCCGACUGCCCCGGCUGCAGGACAGUCCACAUCAGAAACACAGGAAGGAGGAAAGAAGGCAGCUCCGGGCGCAGUGCCCAUCAGUGGGAAAGCUGGGAGGCCAGUGGUGCCUCCACCUCAAGUGCCUCUGCCCACGUCUUCCAUCUCGCCCGCCAAAAUGGCCAACGGCACAGCAGGUACUAAAGUGGCCCUGAGAAAAACCAAACAGGCCGCUGAGAAAAUCUCAGCAGACAAAAUCAGCAAAGAGGCCCUGCUGGAAUGUGCUGACCUACUGUCCAGUGCAAUCACGGAACCUCUGCCCAACAGCCAGCUGGUAGACACUGGACACCAGCUGCUCGACUACUGCUCAGGCUACGUGGACUGCAUCCCUCAAACUCGGAACAAAUUUGCCUUCCGAGAGGCUGUGAGCAAACUGGAACUCAGCUUACAGGAGCUACAGGUGUCUUCAGCAGCUGCUGGUGUGCCCGGGGCAAACCCCGUCCUUAAUAACUUAUUGUCAUGUGUACAGGAAAUCAGUGAUGUAGUACAGAGGUAGCCACUGUUAGGCUGGUGGGAAAAUGCACACAUUUCUGAGGGGAGAGGGAAAGGGACUUGUUUUCCUGUGUUCUUGUUUUCAAAAAAUGACUCAUACUUGAGUGUGUUUAUGUGAAGUACCUCAGAUCCCUGAGUUCUCACGUUUACAGUUUCAUCUCAAAAAUAAGAAGCUAACCACAAAAGUAUAGGAGAGGUAAAUUAUUAAGUGGGGGCAAGGCAGUAGGAGACAGGGUUGGAAACUGCACUGGAAAAUCAGGGAACAUAUGUAUGUCAUAAGGAAGGCAAUGCAGCCCAUCCCUACCUGGAAUGCUGGGAGGUGCUAGGCAGGGCCGCUCUCAGCUAUACCACAGCAACUGUGCCCAGACCUGGGACUCUGGUAGAUACUCAUGGUGAUUAUGCUCCAAUUUACCUAAUGAGUUUGGUGGGACAGAAGAAAGCUGGGAAUGUAUAAAGAGAAAUUUUUGUUCAAGGCUGUCGGAAGUACCCCUAGCCUUGCUUUCACAAGGCCAUUGCUGCUGUAAUGAGAACUGCAAAUCAGAGUGCUACAAUACAGAGCUGGGAAAUGUGGCACUAUCUGAAUGCCCCUGUCCGGUUUUCUGCUGGUGUAUUGGUUGGUGCAGGAAAUAAAGAAUGCUGGAAAGUUGAGUCAGGGAGAUUGAAAACCUUCUCCUAUAAAAUCUUCUAUAGAUUAGCAGAAGUCACUUCUCCCAGUCUGGUAUAUUAUUUCAUAAUGGACGAGGAUUGGCUUCCUGCUUGCUGGUGGCUAUCUGUAAACCAUGAGUACGGGGGUCUCCCUAGUAGUCUUUUGCUGGGCAACCUGUCUUCCUUUAUUCCUGAUAGCGUUCAGAGCAUUAACCAAUGUCGAUUUUGAAAAUAGUAGUCCCUGCAGGUUCUCACAAGGGAAUGAAUCCUGUUCUGAUACAGUUCCCCUGCGUAUUGACACACUGGCCAAGGACUUGAGCAGCUGUGUAUUUUUCUUUAUCAACUAAAAUAGCAGGGAGAUGGUCUUUUCUUGAAACCCAGUGGCCUGUGACUGAAAGGAAAAGCUGGUCCUAAUGGCUGUUUCUCUGUACCUUUCCCUUCACUUACCACUGUAAGCCCAAUCUAGGUAGAGAAUAGGGAGCCGAAUUCUCCUCUCUAUGGAUUUGAAGUGAGUAAUUCCCCACAUUAUUUUCACAUGCUUUUCUUCUAGCAGAUAAUCCUCCCUACUCCCCACCCAAUCAUUGUGCUUAUUUGUACAGAUCUUAUUUGGAAUAUUUAUUUAUUUUGUCAUUUCACUUGUAUUUUAAGAAUGCAUAAUUGAAGGAGUAGUCCUUUUCGGGGAGCACCAGUUAGACCCUGGAAACCUAAUGACUUCAUCCUUAAAUAUGUUUUGCCCUUGAAAAAUAGACCUUUUCCUUCCCUACUUAGUUAUAGUUGUGGAAGCUAAUUAAGAUGGCAUGGAAGUGAAUCUGAUGAGUUAGGUAUUAUUAAUGUUCUUGGUAUUGAGUCUAAUUUCAAUUACUGCUUCGUUCUCUUUUUAAAGCUUUAUGAAUACUUCCCCCAUCCUCCCCAAGGAGAGCCCAGUACACCUGUAUUUUUAUCUUAUUCUCUCAAAGGAAUAGUAGCUUAGGAAGACAGGAACUCAACAUUGAGCAGUUUUCUUCCUGGCUCUGUCAUUGGUACACUGUCAAACCACAGCCCCAUCUCUUAAUCUGUUAAUUAAGGUAAUACAUGUUCUCAAGAGUGUUGCAAAUAAGUGUACAACUAUCCCUUUGAGAGCCUCUCUGGAAAGCUCUUUUAGUGCAGUGUUGUUAUGCUGAAUGGUUUUUCAUCUUAUUUGCUGAGUAGAAAAUAUUUAUGGAAUUAAGAUUGCUGAGAGUCUAUUAAUUGGGCUAGAAUACUAAGGGGGAAACUGUUUUGAAUAGAGUUUGGCAUCUUUGACCAAGAACAAAACUGAGUUUUCAUUAGCAAGAAAGGAAACCUUGAUUCUUAACCAUUGCUGCGCCAAAGGAGGCCCAGGUUAAGAGGAGGGUUAGAGGAGAUGAGCAGUGCUGGGCAUUCCUGGCAGGUGCUGGGUGAUCCCGGCGGCAUGUCACCUGCAGCUGCAGCCCAGGCAGCUAGUGAUCGGGUUCAUCUCCUCGUCGUUGGAAGAGAACUCAGAUGUGAAAAACCAGCAGUCCUUCUCCCACCUUCUUUCCUGCCACGCUUGCUCAUCAUGCUUGUCCAUAAACUUGAAGAACUCGUUUUAGCAGUUAGCCUUUUAAGGUCAAGAAUGGGAAAGCUAAAACUUUAGAGUGUUAUUAUGCUGCUUUUUAGGUUUAUCCCUGUCGUGGGAUGCAGUUAAGGGAUUAUAAUUGUUUUUCAGGGGAUUUUUAUUUGUUUGUUUUUUAAGCAGGGGCUCUGUUUUUCCCUUGAGAGUUCUGGAAAUAAGCCUUGGAGAAACACUACUGAGUAUAUUUAGGCUCCCUGGUUUUCUCUCCCGACAACAAUCUUAAGGGUAGGGGGUGGGGCUGUGUCUUACUCAGGGGCAGCACCUAGCUCUGUCUUGCCUGCAGUGGGUGCACAAUUUAUAAAUGGAAUUGAUUUCUCUCCACACUAUGAAGGGUGGCAUUGACUUUUGGAGCACAUCCCGUCCACAUGAUGCUUGAACUAUGUAACUUCAGGGGUCGAGGGCUCAAGGUUCAGGCUGAAGAGGCACUGUCAACUUACUAUACAAGCAUUUAUGUUUUUCCUUUUUCUACUUGAAAAGGACCAGCUUAAACACAAACCCUUAUGUAAAUUAAAAGGUUUGAGUCCAAAGCAGAGAAAACUGCUUCUAGAAACUAAAAGUGUAGUUUGAUUUUAAUUACCCUAACAGCGAAGAGGAAAGUCCUCUACAAGGCAUUGACCGUUUUCUGAAGUGACUGUUAUGCUGUGUCUGGAUGCAUGCCUUUGCCGCACCUGCUUGAUUCCUUCCAUGUACAGAUCAUGUGAUUUCAGUGUAGAUUUCCUACUUUAAAAUGCAGUGCUUUGUGUUGAAUACAUCUUGGUUGUGCUUUACAUAAAGUAUUUCCUUAAAAGGCUUUGUGUAAAAUUUAAAUGUAUAUUUUUUCCUGUAGAUUUCCAUCAUGAUUUUCAGAGAUUAGCCUUAAAAAAUUUGGCCGCAAGAAAUUUAUUCAGUGUUUUCUAGAUGACCUCUGUGCACAGAGGUCGUUAUAGUGGAGACCCUUUACCAGCAGCAUUUCAGAAUUUAAAUUAGAAAGCUUCUUAGGAUUCAACUGUAAGUUGGCUAGUAAAAUAGUCCCCAGGUAAUAACGCAUGCUGACUUUGCUAAGGCACUGCCCAUUUUUAUUUAAAGUCAUGGAGAUUUUGAGUUUAAAGGAUGCAAUAUAGAUAGUGGUUUCGUGUUUAGGCUCUAAUGCCGGUCUAAAAGGCAAGUCAUGUGACCUUGGGAGCCUCAGUUUCCUCAUUGUAAAACAGGGAUAAUAAUAGUAACUACCUCAGGGUUGUAAGGAUUAAAUGAGAUGAUGUUUGUAAUAGCUCAAGUGCCUGGCACACAGUGAGCACACUCUGUAAUGUUAAAACUACUAUUAACACCUAGUCUAGGGAUGCACAGCAGAAUCCCCUAGGGUUAAAAAAAACACAGACUGAUGGUUUAGCCCCACUCCAGAUCAGAAUUCCCGGUGGGCUGGGGUCUCGGCCAGUGUAUUCACCAGUAAUUUCUCCGGGUGUUUCAAACACCUAUCUGAAAACUAUCAGUACCCCAACCCUUUUUUUUUUAUAGAUUAAGAAACUAGCAGAAGAUGGUUAAGUUACUUGCCCAUUGUCUCAGUACAGUUAAUUAGUGGCAGAGCCAAGGCUAGAAUUCAGGUCUCCUGACUGUAUGGUUGUGGGCUCUUUCCAUCACACCUGCUGCCAUGUGAGACACUGCCAAAAAGUGGCUCAGACAAUCAGCCUGUGUGGUGCUGCACACUUUGUAAAGCACAUGCUCCUGACACUCUGACCUUAAGGGGGCUUGAAUGUGAAGUAAUGGGAACACGAGCAAAGCAAGCAUUCGGUAGAACUCAGUCAUUUAAAAAAUUAUAUGGGGUCAUUCUUUUAGCCAGACCUCAGCAACACAGCAAUGUGCACUUUGUAGUAAAGAAAUACCAACCUGAGUUUUUAAAAAACCUAGUUAGUCCUACAUUCCUUUUUCUUAAAAAAAAAAAAAAAAAAAAAAAAAAAAAUUAUUUUAAUGACUGUGAGAUAAUGUAUAUGAGAGCACUUUGAGAAAAUAUCAACUGUAAUAUAAUUAGAAGGUUGUAGUAUUGUCUGUUUAAAAGAUAAGACAAUUGAUUCAAUGUGGAUGGACCCUGUGGGGGACCUGGAAAUGCAGGCAUACAAAAAUCACCUCUGUCAUUUAUCACAUUUAGAAAUAUGAAACUGCUCAACGACUGUGAGCAGGUAUAGCAAGUGUUUUGCUAAAGCUGUAGUUCAGAGCUGAAACUCGGGACCAAUUUUUUGGUUUAAUUGCAGUCUUUAAAAAGUAAGAAUGUGUACUCACUCUAGAAUCCAGAAGCUCUUCCAGGGACCUUGACUCAAGAAAGAUGAGGCCCUCUUACUCUUCAGCAUUUGUCCAUUUGUCCACUGUAUGCUUGGCCAUCUAUCUUAAGUGUGGUGGGAGUGGACUUGUCUGUUGAUGUUGACAGUGUCUUUUUAAAGCUAUGUCCUGCAUGGUUUCGUUAAGUUUACAGCAGGAGGUGGAUGGCCAUAAAACCAGUGCACUCUGGGAAUUAACUUUUCUAGGAUUUCCUACCAGUUAUAAAUGACAUCGACAUUUGCCGACUCGUUUUCCUUUUCUAAAGAGUAACUGAAUUUAAUUCACCUAUUAGAGUAUAAAAUACUUGAGAAUAAAUUGUAUUGGUGGCCACUUCUGCCUUGCAGCUACAUUUCAUUCUGACCUCUCCUGCUCCCUUCCAUUUUGCUACUGAUGUCAUUGUUAUUAUCAGGCUGUGCCCCUACCGGGAGUUGAUGUUGGGUUGACGGGGUUAUCUAUAUUUUUGUUCUUGACUUUUGAGUUUCAUCAUCUUGCAUUAAAUUGUUCCACCUGGAACUUGGGAUUAAUCUCUGUGCCCCAAGCAUCUGCUAUGACCAAUCCUCUUUUUGUAGGGGAGUCUCUUGAUUUAAGGAUCGAUAGGCUUCAAAGGUUUGUAUCUCUUAGCUCACAUCAGGCCAGUAGUAGCUCACUUCCUUUGUGAAUGCCUGUUUCAGUAUGGGAUCCAUAGGUAUGUGAGAACUGCUGAAACCUCUCCCACUCUUAACAGUCUAGACAGCUAUAUCAGUUGGAUGGAGUUCGGGUUUUCCAACUAUUAGACUUAAAGAAAUCUAAUGCAAGGCUUGCCUUUUUUUUUUCCCAGCAGGCCAGUAGUGAUACUGUUACUUGCUCUGUUCAGCACAACUGUAGUUCACUUGACCUUCACUGCCAUUCCCUAUGCUCCUUCAUUACUGGGAAGCAUGGGUGGGAUUCAGAGCUGUGGGAUGAGCUGCAUCCUUCUCUGGAGCACUCACUCCCAUAACUCUUAGCUCCAGCCUAUCUUUUGGGAAGUUUACUGCAAUGCCCAGAAGGAUGAGUUUCUGCUUUUCCUGACACCUCUCUGAGGUAUGUAUUCUAUGUUGAAUAUGUACAAGAUGAUACCUUUUGGCCAGGCAUGGUGGCUCAUGCCUACAAUCCUAGCACUUUGGGGAGACCAAGAUGGGCAGAUCACUUGAGGUCAGUGAAACCCCGUCUCUACUAAAAUUAUAAAAAUUAUACCGGCGUUGUCGUAUAUGCCUGUAAUCCCAGCUACUCCCAAGGCUGCGGCAGAAGAAUUGCUUGAAUCCAGGAGGCGGAGGUUGCAGUGAGCUGAGAUCACGCCACUGGACUCCAGUCUAGGUGGCAGAGCGAGACUCGUCAAAAAAAACCAAGAUGAUACCUUCAUUUCUGACUCAAUAUUCUAAAUCCAAAGGACAGGAAAUUAGGGAAGGCUUCACUCUGUGGGAUCAGGAUAAGGAGAUCCCAUACUACUUCCCAGGUAAGGAGGCCUGUGGCAGGUCGUGAUUCAAAGCUGAAUUGGAAUGGCAGAAACUGCUAAGAGGCCACCCUUGGAGAUUUGUGCCUUCAAAGAUGGGUUUCAUGAGUCUUACAGAGGAAAGGACUUGUCGGCUGGGUUGAUUUUGCAUGAUUAUUGAACUAGAACUGGUAGACAUGAGCUUCUUGGGUGGCAGUGGCCCAGAGCCCCCAUCUUUGAGAAUCCCCCACUUGAAAUGGUUUUCUGAGAGUGCUCACUUGGCAAUUGCUGCGUUUCUCAAGCCCGCCUGGCGGGGUCUCGCUGAACCCUUCCCUCCAAGUGCACUUACUUCUUCGUCCUCCUGUACAUCUAUAGCUUUGAAAUUGUUUACCUCUCCUAGAAAAAUCUUACCUUUUAGCCAGAGCACAGUAGCAAAGCCGUGUUCACUCAGAGGGAGCAGCUGGCAUGUUGAAGGGGAAAGGCCAGGCUGAGCACUCUCCUCAGACAACACCAUGUCAGGAGUAGAAUUGUGAUACAUGUCGUCUAUAUCUGUUCUGGGAGAUUCUUUGUUCAUCUUUGUACUCAAAUGAGCAGAUCUCCUACCUGUCACUCCAGGUUACUGAGCUGAACCCUCAGAAAGCAUGCUCACAAGCCCUUUAGGACACGCUGGAGCCAAACUGUCCAAUGUUAGCAGGCUUUAUGGAAGGAAAUAUAGGGAAUUGGGAUAGUUGGAACUUGCUUAGAUUUGCUUCUGAAUCUGAGAGCAGGAGUUUUAAAUCUUGUCAUUAGGUACCAUAAACUUUAGUUGGAGAAUGGGACUUAAAUUUUCACGUGUAUGUAUACAAAUUUUCAGCAAUUACAACACAAAAAGAAUAUGCAAAUUUAUGGUUUCAGAACGUAUUGCAGGAAUAGGAAUGCUUUAGGGUCAUCAACAGUAAACCUCAGGUAUUGUGAGUGGCAAGAAGGCUAGAAGACAGAGAUGAUUCUGGUAGAUAAGCGCCAGACAAACCAGCUCUCCUCCAUUUUGACAGCAGUUUUUCACUGUCGCCACCUGUACUCCAUUAUGUGUUGAGAGGAAUUUCUUGAGAUCUUGAUGAUUAGGCCGGUUUUCAGUUAGUAUUCAGAAACUAGAAAGGAACAAUGGAAUACUCCUCUUACGGUUCCUUAGGGUAUGUGUUUGAAAACCCUCGCAUCUCAGAUCUGUGUGGCUGGUGUGCGUUUGUGUCCAUAAGCACACCUGCUUUGCUGUCAUGCCCAUUACAAGAGGGGAAAUAAGUAAAAGGAACCGCUCAGAUCUUUCCUGGGGUGUACAGCAGUGGCGUGGUUGGUGUGCUGACUGAGCAGGCUGACUUAGCUGUUUGUGACGCAUCCUAGGAACCCCAUCUCCUCCCAGACCCUGCACUUUUCCUUCCCUGCUGUCUGAUUCUCUAAUGACUAUCAGUGGACAAACGCCAGUUUUAUGCUCUUAGUAAAAAUAAGUUUAAACAUUUCAUGGUGGUUGACAGAACUCUGUCCUAAAACAUGCGGAUUCAGAUUAUUUAAAACUCAUGUAACAUUUAUGCCAAAGGUCCCGCCCUGCAGAUGUGUAUGUGGUGCACAGAGGGUGAGGUUUGGAGCAUCGGGCACUGUGUGCAUUGCUAAGGGGACAUAGUGAGACAAUGUGGGAUUUAACUAAAAACACAUCAGUCGUGGGUCACACUACCAGUGUUGUCAGGUAUUUGUUCUUAAUUGUUAAUGUAAUAUAUUUUCGGUUGUUUGUUUUUCUAAUUUAAUUCUCUGUUGUCUGACUGUGAACUGCUAACAGUGUUAAACUUGAUGUAAAUAAAUGAGGCCCUUGAAAGGGACUGCUCUCUGCCUGUCUUCUCACAAGGUUUGACAAGUUGUGUUUUGUUUUAAAUAAAAUUGCAAUAUUUUAUUGGCAAA